CAUCAUAUAGCAAUAUCUCGCGAGCCAUGAAGGUCGACAUCGAUGGGUUGGAGGUGGUCUUCCCGUACGAGCGCAUGUACUCGGAGCAGCUGCAGUAUAUGCGCGAGCUGAAACGUGCUUUAGAUGCACAGGGUCACUGUAUGUUGGAGAUGCCCACGGGCACAGGCAAGACGGUGUCUCUGCUCUCCUUAGUCUUAGCGUACAAGGCCGCACAUCCAACUGCAGGAAAGCUCAUCUACUGCACUCGCACUGUCCCGGAGAUGGCCAAAUGUGUGGAGGAGAUCAAGAAGCUCAUCAAAUAUCGAGAGCAAUACUACGGGGACAAGGCACAGGUCACAGCUGUGUGUCUAAGCUCCAGACGCAACAUGUGUGUUCAUCCUCGGGUCAUGGCUCACGCUGACGGUGAAGAUGUGGACGGCCAGUGCCGGAAAAUGACGGCGUCUUGGGUCAGAGCCAGAGCUGCAAAGGCUCGAGAGACUGCGGCUGAUGGAGACGUCACUAUGUCGGAGGAACCGGUUAGAGAGGUGGAGACCUGCUCGUUCUACGAGAACUAUGACGCCAGGAAGAGCAACGACACGGUGUUGCCACCUGGAGUCUACUCUGUAGACGACUUAAAGGAGCUUGGGGCGAAGAAAGGCUGGUGUCCCUAUUUUCUGACGAGAUAUGUGGUCACAUUCGCCGAUGUGGUAGUGUACAACUACCAGUACAUGCUUGAUCCGAAGGUCAGUCAACUGGUAUCCAGGAGUUUCGAGAAGGAGAGUAUCGUGGUAUUCGACGAGGCUCAUAAUAUCGACAAUGUGUGCAUUGAAGCGCUUAGCGUCGAUUUGGAUCGACGCUCAUUGGAUAGAGCGUCCCGUAACUUGACAACUCUAUCGAGUCAAGUGAACAAGCUAAAACAGGCCGACAAGUCGAGAUUAGAUGCAGAGUAUCGCCGACUAGUGGAAGGUCUGAGGUCCAGCAACGCCGUGGUGGCUCCUAGUUACACUGAUCCAGCCACGAACCAGCGGAUUGACACCAGUAACGACAUUAUGAUCGCUAACCCGGUCCUGCCGGAUGAUGUGCUGGAUGAAGCCAUCCCGGGUAAUAUCCGCCGUGCCGAACACUUUGUGGCCUUCAUGCGUCGCCUUAUUGAGUAUUUGCGUCAACGCAUCCGUGUGCGUCAAGUGGAAUCCGAGACACCUCAAGCUUUCCUUCACCACCUGCAUCAAGCGAUCAAUAUGGAGAUCAAACCAAUGAAAUUCUGCUACACGCGACUGAACUCGCUGCUACGUACACUGGAAGUGACGAAUUUGGAGGAAUAUAAUUCUUUAACGGACGUGGCAGACUUCGCGACGCUGGUGGCGACGUAUGCCGAGGGUUUCAUGCUGAUUAUUGAGCCGUUCGAUAGCGCGUCAGGUGUGCAUGACCCUGUGUUGCAACUCUCGUGUUUAGAUGCGUCGCUGGCCAUCCGACCAGUGUUUGAACGCUUCUCCAGCGUGGUUAUCACGUCCGGAACGUUGUCUCCAAUCGACUUAUACCCUCGACUGCUGAACUUUAACCCUGUGAUCCGCGAAUCGCUGCCCAUGUCGGUGUAUCGCUCGAGUAUUUGUCCAUUGGUGAUCACGCGUGGUAGCGACCAGAUGCCAGUGAGCACCAAGUUCGACUUACGUGACGAUCUCUCUGUGGUGCGCAAUUACGGUACGCUACUGUUAGAGAUGGCAGCGUGUACUCCUGAUGGCAUGGUGUGCUUCUUCCCGUCGUAUCUCUAUAUGGAGAAGAUCAUUGGGCAGUGGGACUCGCUCGGUGUGCUCAAGCGUGUACUUACCAGUAAACUGCUCUUUAUCGAGACCAAGGACAUCGUGGAGACGACGCUGGCGCUGGAUAACUACAAGAAAGCUUGUGACUGUGGCCGAGGAGCUAUUUUCUUCUCUGUUGCGCGUGGUAAAGUGGCAGAAGGGAUCGAUUUCGACCGUCACUAUGGACGUGCAGUGAUUCUAUUCGGUAUCCCGUUCCAGUACACCCUAUCGAAUACGUUACGGGCUCGGUUAGAGUAUCUGCGCUAUACACAUCAGAUCCGUGAAGGCGAUUUCCUCACGUUCGACGCGCUACGUCAAGCCGCUCAAUGUGCUGGCCGAGUCCUUCGAAGCAAGACCGACUAUGGCCUUGUUAUCUUCGCUGACUCGCGUUACAACCGCGCUGAUAAGCGCACCAAGUUACCGCCCUGGAUCACACAGUUCCUUGUGGACUCGCACCUGAACUUGUCGGUGGAUAUGGCAGUGUUCAUGGCCAAGAAGUACCUGUCGCUGAUGGCUCAGCCAGUGGACGAGUCCACCAGCGUUAACUCCAUUCUGCUAGACGCUGACGGAGUCGCUAAGUGGCUGGGCAAGCACCCUAAGGAAGACGAAAGCAUGCAGUAAAAAACAGCACUUACAGUUACAGUCAGAUUACAGUUUCCGUUUCCGUAAAUCAAUCGCUAAUCAAGAUAAGGGUGUUGGUAUAGAACUCUCCA